GGAAGUAGUUGCAAUGCACAUUACAGCGUUGCAGCCAGACGCCAGUCAAUACAGACGAACUGCAGUAGUGUAGCGAUAUAUCCUGAGCAUUAUCUAGAAAACGGAUCGGGCCCAAUGAUUUGCAUACUGCUGGUUGCCGGCCAUGGCACACUUUUACAGACUGAAAUAAAGAAUGAUGAUACUGGCUUGUACAGCCACCUAAUUGGGGUGCCAAAGACCUUGCUUCCUGGCACUGGAGGAAGGAAGAUUUUGGACUUUUGGUGGAAAACCGUCAACUUGCGUCAGUUAUUCACAGAGGUGUAUCUUGUCACUAAUGCAGACAAAUAUAAGCAUUUUGAACGCUGGGCCACGGCCAAUGACUUCCCCGUGGAAAACAUAAUAAACGAUGGCAGCACCACAGAGGAGGACAGUCUUGGUGCUGUGGCUGACCUGGAGCUGGCCAUACGCUGUCGCAAGCUGCAAGAUGACAUCAUUGUGAUAGCAGGCGACAUGUUGUGUGCAGACCAGAACUUUGACAUCACUCAAGUGAUCCGUUUUUUCCGUUCAAAGCCUGGAGAGCUGAUCAUCUACUAUGAGAUGGAGGAAAGCGAGAAAAGCACCACCAGGGGUAUUGUGGAAGUCUGUCCUGAUUCCCAUAGGAUAACUCGUUUCUGGGAGAAACCUCAAGAAGGGCUUACAUCUUCUCGUCUGGCCAGUGUAGUGUUUUACUGCAUCCAGAAAAAGUCUCUGCCAUUCAUGUCUGACUUCAUAAGUCAGAGGAAAGCCACAGACAGGUCCUUUGGAAGCUUCUGGGAGAGAAUGAUCAACAAUAAUCUACUUGAUGUGUUUGGAAUGAAGCUUCCAAUUGGUUUCCAGCUAAUCGGACAAGUGGGUCUGUUGGACUACACCAAGUGGCUCACUCGCUUCUCCACCAAGCAACAAAACAACUCUGCCAGACAAAUUACGUGCCGGUCUUUUGCCAGGGUUGGCUUAAUGGGGAAUCCAUCAGACUGCUUUAAUGGGAAAACCAUCGCGAUGACUAUCAUGAACUUCUGGGCCGAGGUCACCCUAGUGAAAAGUCAAACAUUGGUUCUCGUUCCUCAUCCUCUCAACGACCCCACAGAGUUUGGAAGCUUACAAGAUUUGUUCAGUAUCAGUAGAAAAGAAGGGUAUUUUGGAGGCCUCCGAUUGUUGCAAGCGACAUGUAAGAAAUUCUACCAGUUCUGUUGCAAACAAGGCAUCGCUUUGACAAAGCAGAACUUCACAUUGAAGUAUGACACAAAUAUUCCACGACAAGUGGGCCUCGCUGGCAGCAGCGCCAUCGUCUCAGCUACCUUGAAGUGUCUCAUGAAAUUUUACAACCUCACAGAUAAUGACCUCCCUAAGCCAACCCGAGCCAACUUCAUUCUAAAUGUGGAAACUGAUGAACUCUUCAUUACUGCAGGCCUUCAAGACAGGGUUGCGCAGGUCUACGAAGGUUUAGUCUACAUGGACUUCAGCAAGAAGCUCAUGGAAGAACAGGGUUAUGGGAACUACAUUUCCCUUAAUAUGAGCGGCCUGCCUCCAUUCUGGUUGGCUUACUUGAGUGACCCGAGUGACUCUGGGCGCAUCCAUAACAACGUCCGACAACGCUGGCUCAGUGGGGAGCCUCUUGUGGUCGAAGCCAUGGAGACAUUUGCUCAACUUACUGAUCAAGCCAGGGCGGCUCUAUUGGAAAAAGACUGGAACCGUCUUGCGCAACUAAUGGACGAAAACUUUGAGCUAAGGAGGUCCGUGUACACAGAUGAGUGCCUUGGACCUGGCAACCUCAAGAUGGUGGCGUUAGCAAAGGAGUUUGACUCAGCGGUGAAGUUACCAGGCAGUGGAGGAGCAGUGGUGGGAUUAUGUCUAGACCCAGAAAAACUAGAGGAAAUGAGACAAGCGUUCCAAGAGGCGGGCUAUGUCUUCUGUGUCAUCACUCCGUACGACCCAUCUGCCAGCACAGCCACCACUCAAGCGUGACUGCCUCCCCAGGGCUUCAAGUCAGGCUCCUCAAAGCCAACAAGGGCCAGUGGAAUUUAAAGAAACAUAUGUAAAUAGACACAUGCAAUUGGUAAUAAUAGUGGGUCAUAUACGUACAGUAUCUUAAACAAGUAUUCAAACCACUUGAACUUUAUUCUUUGCUUUUUUAGUCUAAAAUAACUUACUUUAAGAGGUUAAGGUAUGUUCGCCAACUACAAAACCCAUGAUUUUUUUUUCCUCCUUCUUUUGUCCCAUUUUAAACCCAUCCCCAUUGUGUUGUACUAGCACCGUCCUAGCUCGCGAGCUCAUCUCUCAGGUCCAGCGUUCAAGUUUGCAAACUCCCUUUUGUUAAGAGAAGCCAACUACAAAGUAACAACAGAGAUGUGGAAACACUUGGGCUGAAUAUAAAUGCACACCAUUUUCCAGAGUUCAAUUCGCUUAAGAUGUU